AAUGUUAGCCUGUGUUGUUAAAUCUGGACGCAACGGAGAAUUUUGCGAGAAGGAAAUAAUACAGUUACAGCUCUGAAAAAGACUAAUACGCGUGAUACCUUUUUACAUCUGUUUCGUUACUUUCGUGUCCUAAAAUAAGUUUGUGUAUUGGGUAUACCCAAGAAGAAAGUUAGCUCGAUUUUUCUCGGAGUGAUGUCGAAUCCUGGGACUCGAAGGAACGGGUCCAGCAUUAAAAUCAGACUGACAGUAUUAUGUGCCAAGAAUCUAGCAAAGAAAGACUUCUUCCGCUCAUGUGUUUCUGUCACAGGGUUACCUGACCCUUUCGCCAAAGUUGUUGUCGAUGGCUCAGGUCAGUGCCACUCCACAGACACAGUCAAGAGCACACUGGACCCCAAAUGGAACCAGCAUUAUGACCUGUAUAUUGGGAAGACGGACUCGAUCACCAUCAGUGUGUGGAACCACAAGAAGAUCCACAAGAAACAGGGCGCGGGCUUCCUGGGCUGUGUGAGGCUGCUGUCCAAUGCUAUCAGCCGACUCAAAGACACUGGCUACCAGCGUUUGGACCUAUGCAAACUCAACCCCUCAGACAGCGAUGCAGUGCGUGGGCAAAUAGUCGUGAGCUUGCAGACCAGAGACCGGAUUGGCAGUGGGGGGCCAGUGGUGGACUGCAGAGGGCUGUUAGAAAAUGAAGGGGGGCGUGUCGGUGUGUCCCUCUGCAGCACGGUGUUCGAGGACUCGGGCCCGGGGAGGCCGCUCAGCUGCUUCAUGGAGGAGCCGCUGCCCUACACGGACCCCACCGGGGCGGCCGGCGGCGGCAACUGCCGCGCCCUGGAGUCGCCCAACCAGGAGCAGCGGCUCCAAGCACAACGCGUCCGCAACCAGGACUCCCGGGGCCACGCGCACACGCCCCAGAACCGGCCGCACGGCAAUCAGACGCCCGAACUGCCCGAGGGCUACGAGCAGAGGACCACGGUGCAGGGCCAGGUCUACUUCCUGCACACACAGACCGGCGUGAGCACCUGGCAUGACCCCAGGAUACCACGGGACCUGAACAGUGUGAGUUGUGAGGACCUGGGCCCCCUGCCCCCGGGCUGGGAGGUCAGGAGCACGGUGUCAGGAAGGAUUUAUUUUGUGGACCACAAUAACCGAACGACACAAUUCACCGACCCCCGGUUACAUCACAUCAUGAGCAGCCAGCAGUCUCAGGUGAAGGAGUCGACGCAGGCGCUGCCGGUGCAGAUGGAGGUGCCGGUGGAGGAGGGCGGUGAGGGUGGGGGCGAGCUGCCGGCGCGCUACGAGAGGGACCUGGUGCAGAAGCUCAAGCUGCUGCGCCACGAGCUCUCCCUGCAGCAGCCGCAGGCCGGACACUGCCGCAUCGAGGUGUCCCGCGAGGAGAUCUUCGAGGAAUCGUACAGACAGAUCAUGAAGAUGAGGCCAAAAGACCUGAAGAAACGACUGAUGGUGAAGUUUCGCGGAGAGGAAGGCCUGGACUAUGGGGGUGUGGCCAGGGAAUGGCUGUAUCUCCUUUGCCACGAGAUGUUAAAUCCGUACUACGGGCUGUUUCAGUAUUCGACAGACAACAUCUACACCCUGCAGAUCAAUCCCGACUCGUCCAUCAACCCUGACCACUUGUCUUACUUCCAUUUUGUGGGGCGGAUCAUGGGCCUGGCCGUGUUCCACGGCCACUACAUCAACGGCGGCUUCACGCUGCCCUUCUAUAAGCAGCUGCUUGGGAAGCCCAUUCAGCUGAGCGACCUGGAGACGGUGGACCCCGAGCUGCACAAAAGCCUCGUCUGGAUCCUGGAGAAUGAUAUCACGUCUGUUCUGGACCACACGUUCUGUGUAGAGCACAACGCCUUUGGCAAGUUCCUCCAGCACGAACUCAAGCCCAACGGCAGGAACCUCGCCGUCACUGAGGACAACAAGAAAGAAUACGUCAGGCUCUAUGUAAACUGGCGGUUCAUGAGGGGCAUCGAGGCCCAGUUCCUGGCCCUGCAGAAGGGCUUCAACGAGCUCAUCCCUCAGCAUCUACUCAAGCCAUUCGACCACAAGGAGCUGGAGCUGAUCAUCGGCGGCCUGGGAAAGAUCGACCUGAGCGACUGGAAGGCGAACACGCGGCUCAAGCACUGCGUGGCCGACAGCAACAUCGUGAAGUGGUUCUGGCAGGCGGUGGAGUCGUUCGACGAGGAGCGGAGGGGCAGACUCCUCCAGUUUGUGACUGGCUCCACGCGGGUCCCGCUGCAAGGCUUCAAAGCACUGCAAGGCUCUACAGGUUCCGCAGGCCCAAGACUUUUCACUAUCCACUUGAUUGAUGCCAACACGGACAACCUGCCUAAAGCCCAUACAUGCUUCAACCGCAUCGAUGUCCCGCCUUACGAGUCGUAUGAGAAGCUCUAUGAGAAGCUCCUGACUGCCGUAGAAGAGACCUGUGGCUUUGCUGUGGAGUGAACGAACCCUCUCCCUCCAAGUCCUUCCUACCCCCAUGUUUCUGCACAGUGACCAGCGGUGACUAACCUACUUAACAGCCACGCUCCUUUAAAACACCCUAAACUCCCCUCUCCCCUCUCCCAACCCGCUAACCCUCCCCCCAAAUUCCCCCCAAUGCCCCUACGGUGGACAAGACUGGUGCCCCCCCCCCCCCCCCCCCCCUCGGGUGAGCGAUACCCCUGGCCAGUGUCACCCGCGGCCUAACAGGAGGGACGCCACGACCAAGGGGCCUGGAACUCAACCGCUCCUGUGGGGCCCAGUUUUAGGAGUAUUUAUUCUGUUGUGUGAUUUUUGGGAGUUAAUUUUUUUUUCUUUCCCACAUUUUAACAUAACAGGUUUCACACCAAUGAAAAAAGAACAACAAAAAUCCGAUCCAUGUUUUUGUUAUUUUUCAUUUCCGUUUCGUUUUUUUGAAAAAUGAAAAAAGAAAAAAAGACAAAAAAAAAAAAACACAGAUGAAAAAGCUUGUGAUGUCUUCGUCACUGAAGCGGUGGAUUUGGUAGUCUGAUUUUCAUUGCAAGUCGGUCGGCAAACUUGUGCUGCUUUUAGCUGCCAUGACCAGAUACUCGCUGAACCCUGGUCCACAUGAAGUAGAGGUCAAGUUUUAGUCAGCAUUAGGUUAAGUGUUUUAACACCACAGCCUUGGACAACAAAACAAAUCUACCUAUUGCAGUUACGUCUUGAAGGAGGAGGCCAAGGCCAGCUCAAAGACUGACUAUUUGCUACAUAAUCACAUUCAACACAGAGGUAUAUGAUGUCUACAGGAGCAUAGGUUAUUAUUAUUAUUAUUAUUAUUAUUUUGAUUUUAUUUUUUUUUGGUUCCUCCUUGUGCAUCCUCUUCAGCAGGAUGGCAUUUUACAUUUCUGUGGUAUCCAUCUCCAAUACUGUAUUUUAUAAUCAGUCAUUUUACUUUUUAAUGGCUUGUUGCAGGAUUUUUUUCCCCCUUUGAAAUGAUUGACAACAUAAAAGCCCCUAAUAAUGGGUCUCGCUUUCUUUUGGACCGGAUGAUUUGACAGUUACUGCUCCUGUGAACAUUGCCUAUCAGGUGAAGCACGUCAUUGAAACGAAGAGGUGGCAGUCAUGUGAAAUCAGGAGAGUAGGAAGACGGUUGGCAGCGUUACUCUGCAGAGCGUCUAUGAUUUCCUGAUUUCUCUUGCAGUCACUGAGAAAUAACUUCAGUAUUUUCUUUUUACACAGAGUAUUCCUUCCUUUUUCUCAAAGUCCGUUUAUGAAUACUCUUUUUUUUUUUCAGUCCCUACUUUUAACCAUACUUUAAUCACAAAAGAUGUCUGUUGUGGUGUGUGAGUAUUUUUCUUUUGCAUCACUGUCUGAUCAAUGUAUGAUGUCCUUAAACAUCUCCAACCUCAUACAGUCCUGAGUUCCAUCGUCAUAGCAGUGGAGAGAAUGAAAUACACCUCAUCCAAGUGUCAUUAAUAUCAUUUGAGGGACAAAUUUUGUUCCUCAGUUAUUCCUUUCCUAAGAUGUUCAUGUUACUGCCAUGGUUUUCAAGCAUUUACUCUUGUGAAAUCUGGUUCGCAAACGGUGUACUCAACUGAUUAGGGUUUUUUUUUUUUUUUUUUAAUUAUUAUAUUAUUAUUAUUUAUGUGUAUCUGAAUAUCACAGAUCCACUGUGCGACGAAUGAACAUAUACUUUCCAUAACUGCAUCUUAAACCACUGUCAGAAGUAACAUAAGCUUGGCUGUAGCACUUUUCACCGGCACAUACAGUUUUUCCUUUUAUAUUCCUUUCUGCAGACAGGAAUUCUAUGUUUGUUUCUGCUCACGUUGUAAAGAAAGGUCUAGGAUUUCAUCAUAUAGUGCUUGUCAUGCAUGGCACCAGGUUGUUUUCCAUAAAUUUGAGUCACAGAGAAAAUAUGAAUGAGCCAGCUUAAUAGUUUUAAGUGUUCUGCAACGACACAACCACUUGACCUUUUUUUCCUUUUUUUUUUUGAAAACUAAUUAUUUAUUACUAUGUAAUGUCAUUUUAAGUAUUGCUGCUAUUAUCAAUAUUCCCUACCUUUCAGAAAAGGCUGAUUACUUGUGAAAGCUGUACACUAAUCUACAUUGUUUUUUUUAUGUAUGAAUCGAAAAAGUAUUUAAAAAGAUGCUGCUGAUGAGUCACAGUGAGGUCGUUAGGGUUAGAAGACCUUGACCCCCAAGACCUGAAUCUGGAGCAGCAAUUUAGACUGGACCCCGGAGGUCAUUCUCAUGUUUAUGAUAAAUGCAAUAAAAGCAAAACCAACACAAUUAUAUUAAUGGUUCUUUCUUAACCUGUGUUUUAUUUUAUUUUAUUUUAACUCUAUGAGAUUGAUCAGUUGUUUUCAGGUCAGGUAUAUGAAUCAUAAGGACUGGGAAAUGUCUUUUUUUUUUUUUCUUUUUUUUUUUGAAGUUUUAUCCCUUAAAUUUACGAUAUCUAGAUGUCCAGUCUUUGAACCUUCAAUCAGACUAAAUUAAGAAAAUAUAUAUAUAAAAUAGAAACAGGUGUUGUUGAGGCAAGGGUAAGGAGUGUAGAGUAAAGGUGGACUUUGGCUUGCUGAUCACAACUCCCAUUUCCUCUGAGAAAGCCUUCACCCAGUCAUGUGACCAUUACAUUACAGUGUGUACAAUUAUUAGGUUCUUUGUUUAUUGAAUGCAAGAGCAAUGUAACUUACUAUGUACUAAACAUUUCUGAAAAAAAAGUGUAAAUAAGAUUAUAUUAAAGAAACUAAAUUG